CUGGUCCCUCAAGUCCCCCACCUUCCUCCUUCAAACACUCCUUCUCUCUCUAAAACCCCUUUCUUCCCUCUAAAGUUCCAAACUUUCCGUCUCGUUUUCUCGUAUUAGGGCUUUGCUCAGCAGAUAGCCGCGAUAUGAGGCCAAUUUGUGAAACGUGUGGAAACCAAGGAUGGAAAGGACUGCUUGUAACUUGCUCUAAAUGCCGUUUAUCCUCUGAACACCGUUACUGCAUGGACAAAGUCUCAUUUGAGGCGUCAGUAGAUUUUGUAUGUGCUGACUGUUCGAAGAGGCCGCCUGUUCGAAACAGAUUGGCUACUACGUCGUCCAUCAAAGCACCCCCUAGGAUUCAAAAGAGCAAAGCGAGGGUUGAAUCUUCAAACCCGGUUCCCAGAUGGAAAAAGAUUCCCGAAUCAUCCAAAAUGAGGUUGAUCUCGCCGGAGGAAGUCAGGAAACUUUCGUCUGGAGGCAACAACUCGACUUUCAAAGUGCCAAAACCUGUUCCAGCUCGUUCUCCAACGGGCUUACCAAAGCUUGCUUGCUUUCCAAGAUCCAGGAGUCUGAAUUCUACGGUUGUGGCUCGCAAACCCAAUCAGAUGCUCCUUCCACCUAAAAAAAAGAGUGAGCCUCUUAGGCCCCGUGUUUCGCAGAUUCGUUCAGGAGUCAUGCAGCAAUCUCCUAAAGCACAAGCAGUAGUCGAAGGGUCAAAACAGAAAGUUGGUGGUGGAGCCAAAGAUCUUGGUUCUAAAGAGAUAUGCCGAUCAAUCCUAUCAGAAAAGCUGUUGCAGUUACUUCCAUAUCGACCAGCUUUGCCCCCUAUUUGGAAGGGACGCAUUGUAGAUUCUGCUACACCAUCAGAGUUUAACGGCAUGUUUUGGGCUCAGACGGCUUCUGUAAUCCGCAAGAAGGCUUACAACGUUUCAAAGACGAUUCCUGUCGUACUCAAGGUCGAAUUGGUCCCUAUAGGCAAUCUUUUGAAUGAUUUGUUUGUGAACAGAAACCCAGCGCUUUCAGAUGUCGAGAUGUACAUUUUUCCAGAUGACAAGAACACAAUAAGGUUUAAGGAGGAACAUGCUUAUCUGUUUGAGACCAUGAAGAGACGCAAUGCCAUGAUUAGAAUCAACGUCAAGGACACACCGUUACUGAUAUUCUCUUCGAAAUUGCUGGACAAGUCCUCUCAGAUUAUCAUCCAGAUGCAGAAGAAAACAAAGAACUUCCUUUGGGGGAUUUUUCUAGUGACGAAAAAGUCAUUAGCACUCCUUCCUGGAACUUCAAGUCAAGCUGCUCAGCGUUUUGAUGAUGGAGAUGUCGUUGACAAUGCCGCUAAACGUCAGUACAGGGAGAGAGGUUGAUGGAUGCGGGUCGUUGUUUGUAUGUUGUCUCAAGAAACUUGGUUAAUAGCUUUGUUUGCUACUCUAAGAAUGUGUGUUCUUGUUUGUUGUAAGAAGUAAUAAAGUCAGGCCUUGUUGUUGUUACUUUCACCUCAUGAUAGUUCAUGUAGAUUUUGUGAGUGGUUAAAAACUGUUCUUU